AUGGCAACCUGGAUGAGCCUUUUCUUAACUCAGUUGACCUUCAUUGCUGCAUCUAUAAAGGGCGGCUUGGCAGAGGAGCCAGAAACUAGCUGCUGUGCACGUGAGUGUGACUUGGAAGGGGGCAAGAGGUGUUUGUAGAAAUGGCAAAUGCUCAGCGCCAGCCUUCAUCGGGCUCUUCUGUGAUGACAGAAGCUGCCUUAAACCAAGACAGACCAUUGGUCCAUCUAGCUCAGUCUUGUUUUCAAAGAUGCUCUAUGGGGGUUUAGGCAAGGAGUCUCUCCUAGCCCCACCUGGAGAUGCUGGAAACUGAACCUGGGACCUUUUGCAUGCAAAGCAGGUGCUGUCCCACUGAGCUACAUUCUUUCCUUAGCCGAUUUAUCUGAGGACUGGCAAUGGGGUGAUUUCCAUCCCCAUCAGGCUCUCUGUAUAGACAGCAGUGUGUGCGUGUGCGUGCGCAUAUGUAUGCACACAGCACUGCCAAAAUGAGUGAGAGUGCAAAGAAACUUUGCUUGGUGGUGGAUGGAUCCGAUUCUUGAGCUGGGGGUUAGCUACCCCUUUACCUCUCCAGAGUAAAUAGCCAGCAACCAGUCUUGCUAACAUGGUUCAGAAUCCUUGCCUCCAGAGCAUCUUUAAUUUCAUUGUUUUGCAUGGGCACAGCCCUGAUGCUAGAAUGCUGCAGGCAGAGGUCUGGCACAUCCUUAAUUGCCCUGGGUGGGGCUAGCUAAGAUGUGCUGGCUGUGCCCAGUGAUUCACCAGGAUCUACCCACUGGGCAUAUCUAGAAGUGUCCCUAAUUUCAUCUGUCACACACUGAAGGGUAUGAUCUCGACAAGGCUUGUUUGACAUGUCAGAGUCCAUUUGCAGUGACUUCGCCGAAAUUAAAAAUAGCGGUGCCUGUCAAUUGCCUUGUAGCUGAGGCAGUAGUGUUAUGGUCAGCUGACAAGCUUUUGGGAUGGAAUUGAUGAGCCCUCAUAAAUAAAAAUUAUAUUAUUACCUGUACUUCACCCCGAGAUCCUAGGGUGGGUUGCUACAAAUUAAAACACAGCAUAGAAUCAGUGAAUUGUAGGGGUGGAAUUCCAAAACCCAGGAUGCACAAACAGAUAAUUCCAGGAUAUUGUGUCUGAAAGAUACCAACACAGUAAACACAGUGUUUUUUAAAAAAGGAAGUUACCAAAAAAAUACAAUCAUUAAGAGGUUGGAUCCUGAAAAUAUGCUUCUCCCAUGUGAAAGUUGCCUCUCUAGCAUUCCCCCAAAGCUGUGUAGUGAAUACAGCUCUGUGGGGAGAGAGUUCUACAACUUGGGGACUGCGACAUAGUGCCUUCUCCUGAGCAGCCCCCCCUCAGCUUUUGAGGGUGGUGGAACAAGCAAGAGGGGACCCUCUGCUGAUCAAACACCCGGGGGGGGGAGGUCUGUAAUAAAGAAGGUGGUCUUUCAGAUAUUUGUGACCUGAUUUGUUUAGGGCUUUAAACGCUAACACCUUGAAUUGGUCCUGUAAAACAAAAGCAUCUAGCCCGAAACUGAAUUUCAGUGUAUAGGUACAGCCAGGGACACCUGCACCUGAAUAACAAAGAGAUGCUGUAUUAGGCAACACCCCCUCACCAGUCCUGCCUUGCCCCUUCCUUGAGAGCUUUGGCCUGGCUGAAAAGUGUACUUCAAGAUAAGUACCCAUUGGCUUGGAUCAAGAGGGAUCUGUGAGCAUGUGUACAAGGUAGCUACCAUAUAAAGGUACAAUUCACAUUCAUUGCUCUGCCCACCCCUGAAAUGUGGCCCCUAGCAGGUUAACUUGAAGGAAAGUGGCUCUCAAGUUGUGCUGGAGUAUAGGGGCAGCUCUGACCUUGAAUGGCUCCUGAUCUUGAAUGCACAGGAUCCUGCCGGGAAACAGAAAACUUUGCCUUGUGACCGUCAAGUUCUCAGAAAGCUGUGGCCCUAGAACCCUGUUUGAAUCACUGCACCAUUUUUGUUUUCCAGAGCUAAAAGGGCUGUCUGAGUGUGGGCCAGAGAAGAAAUUCUUUUUCCAAGGCCAGCCUGGGACUCCCGGGAUCCCUGGCAUACCGGGAACAAUUGGAUCACCUGGAGCUAAGGGAGAUCCUGGUCCUCUGGGGCCCCCUGGUAAGAGGACCCCAUCAAUAUCCAGAUGGAGAAGGCCACUCGCCCUUGCAUUUCCCAGUUGAAGUGUUGCUAUUGUUUGCAUUUCUAUCCCACCUCUUUCUCCAAGGUGCUAAAGGUGGCAUCCCUGUUUCUCCCCCACCUCAUUUAAUCCCCACAUUAACCUUGUGAAAUAAAUUAGGCUGAGAGGCACUGACUGCCCAAAAGGUCACCCAGUGGGCAUGGUGAAAUGGGGAUUUGAACUCUGGUCGCCCGGGUUCUAGACUGGCACUCCAACCACUAAACCUCACAGAUGUAGAAGCAGCUGGACUCUUCUGUUGUUUAUGCUUAGCACAGUCACCAUCAAAAGUAGCACCCUCAAAAGAUGGGGCACAGCAGUUAGACUACCCCUUCUUCUGUAGCGAUAAUUUCCCCUUUCCAGAAUUUCUUGCUUCAAAAUGAACUCAGAAGAGCUCAUUUACCCUCCUCUGUCCGAUCUCAGUGUGGAGUUGUUGGGUGGCCAAUGCUGUGCCCUCCUGAUCUUGUUUGACUCCCAACUCUGAUAUGCAGGGAGAUAAUGCAUCUCUGCUGGGAGGGGAUUCCAACAGUUAGGGAGCCGUGACUGAGAAGGCCCUGCUAUGAGUCACUGUGACACGAGCCGUAGUUAAAGGUGGAACCAGUUUGGUUUUUUUCUGGGGGUACACAGGGGUACCCAUACCCCUAAACAUUUUGUGAAUCUAAGUUUGGCCUCAUUGAGGAGCAGUAUUUCAAUAGGAGUAGGAAAAUGAAAGUACCCCUAAACAUUUUUUUUUAGAAAACAGCACUGGGUGGAACUAUUGGCAGGGCAGAUCUCAAAACUAGGACUGGUAUAUUCCUGGGAGAGGCGCUAUUUCAAGUAUGCUGGCCCCAAAUUAAUCUAGGGCUUUUUCAUUCCUGGUGGUCUUUAUACGAGCUACUAUUUAAGAACUGAUGCCCGAGUUUGCUUUCCACCCCCCUCUUCCUUCCUCCUCCUGUUUUCCUUUUGUGUCGCCUCUUUUGGGGUGUGAGCUGAGCCUGUGAGCAGAGACUGCCUUGUUUUAGCUGAUUGUGCGAAAGCUGCUCUGGGAGACUUUUCAACUGAAGAGCGGGUUAAAAAUGCUUCACUUAAAUACAUACAUAAAACCCUUCUCUUUCAUUCAGGUGAGAAGGGCUCCCCUGGAGAGCAUGGAAAAGCUGGACCCAAAGGAGACAAAGGUACAAGAGGCAUUUCUUCUAACUCUGUGGACCAAACUAGAUAGGAUGAUUGGCCCUGGUUUGUUUUUUCUUUUCAAAAUUGGUGGUGGUUGUGUGUGUGCGUGCCCUUAAUUAGGACUGCAGCCACAAGGUAGAGAGGGGUUUAACCCUUCACCAUAACCAUGAGUCUAGUCUGCAUUGUAGGGGUCCUGGACUUGCUGUUCUUUUCUUUGGUGUCCGUGGGAAUUUCCCUCCCCAUGCAGACAGCAAGAACAGGGGGAGAGAUCCAGAUCAGGACAGUCAAGGGGUUCCAGAACCUUGACAGAACCCGAGAAGAGCCUGUCGGGAAGAGCCUGCCAGUGGCCCAUCUAGUCCAGCACCCUGUUCUCUCAGUGGCUACCAAGGUGCUUGUGGGAAACCAAGUGGUUUCUGGGAACUGCCAUUCAAAAGCAUCACUGCUUCUAAAGUGAUGGACUGGCUAAGUUAUCAUCAGCUCAAUGCUAGGUUUAAGAUAGAUAACAAAAGAGAGUUUUGCAGACCAGCAAUCACAAUUCGAAAGGGAUUUAUUAGGUUCCAAGGUUAAAAUUCUUUCUAAAAUGUACAAAUUAUUACUUGAAUGGGAGACAAAAGAGGAGUUGGUCAAGUCAUCUAUGCUUAGUUGGGCUAGGGAUGUGGGACACAAUACUGAUUUAAACUUAUGGCAACGUCUAUGGACAAACAACAUGUAAUUUCCAUCAUGCUAUACUUUAAAGGAAAACAAUCUAAAGAUGGUUCACAGGUGGUACUUGGCAUCAAAUAGGUUGGCAAAGAUGUUUAAAUCACAGAGUGAUAAACGCUGGAAGUGUAAAAAACACACACACAAAAACAGUAGGAACAAGUUGCCACAUGUGGUGGUCUUACAGUGUGAUUAAAGAAUACUGGGAAACAAUUUAUAACGAGCUCAAAAAAAUGUUUACAAGAUCCUUCCCUUCCUCCUGGGCAUAACAACAUCUGAAGCCCCAAAGAACCAAAUGAGUCUGUUGCCAUAUGCUACCACUGCUGCUCAGAUUUUACUGGCACGAAAGUGGAAAACGGACGCAGUGCCAACAAAAGAUGAGUGGCAUCACAAAUUGUUGGAGCUGGUGGCUAUUCUACAAAUAGAAUAAGAAAUAGAGAUGACAAAAAACUGGAAGUUAUAUAUAGAAUAUAUGAAAAAUCAUUAUAACAAGAUAAUUAACCUAGCAGGGUGUGAGUAGUUAUAGCAGCGUAAGUUAUAACAAGAGGUAAAGAGAGGAAGAAUGAAAUAUUUAGAUAAACAAGAAGACGAGGUGGGGAAAGGAUUAGAAUUUGUUCAAUCUUCUUUUAAAGCCUUCCAGCCCUGUGGUGGUCACAAUCUAACCUGUUCACAGCCUUGCAGUUAUUUACUAAAGAAAGUGGGUGCAGCAGGAUCCACCAGCACACAAGGACCAAUCACGUGCUAAACGUCACAUCUUGAGUUUAAGAUUCUUUUCACAUGUGAACUUGUUUUUAUAUCUGGAACCGUUUUUUAAUUGUUGUUAUUGUUUGUGCUUUUGCUGUGAAAUUGCUUUGAGAUACCUUACGGGAAGCGAUUCAUAAAUGGCAGUAAAUAAAUAAAUGGGCUGGCAUUUGCAGGUGACACUAAGCCAAACCAUGGUUUAGCCAAACAUGUGAACGUGUUGUUUCUCAGGAGAAGAUUGUACCUCCCUGCUCCUUUAAACUCAGUACAGCACAACAGCUAAGCCAAGGUCUGGCUUAGCAUGUGGUCUGAAGCCAGGGUUGUGGUUAAACUCUUUCCUUUACUGCAUUUGAAGUGAGUGCUAGCUACAUGUGACCCUCACACUGACCUCACUAACCAAAGGCUGUUUGUUUUCCACCCCCUAUAGGAGAAGCUUGUGCUUUGGACUGCGGAGGCAGCUCCCAGCAAGAAGGUAGAGCCUUUCCUAAGCCAAGCCAUGCUUAUGCCCUAUCUGCACAAUGCAUUUAAAGCAGGAUCACACCACCAUAAACAGAAUCACCAUUAACUGACAAUAAAAAAGUAUGAAAGGAAGGGCUUUCUGCCCAAGACUCUGGGAAGCUUAAUAGAAAAUACUGGGCUGUAGGAACAAAUAGUCAGACCUGGGGUAAGGCAGCUUCCUACAUUCCUAACUUGUGCACAGGCCAUAAUUCAUAACACCUGCUUUGCAUGUGAAAAGUCCCAGGUUCAGUCCCUGGCAUCUCCAGGUAAGCCUGGAAAAGACUCUUUUUCCAGAAAAGAGCAUAUGCUAGUCACUGUACGUAGAUCAGCCUCCAACAACCUGGUGCCUUUCAAAUGUUUUGACUACUGCUCCUGUCAUUUCUGAUCAUACAUAUGCCAUGGUGGCAGAGGCUGAUGGGAGUUGGUCCAUCUGGUGGGCACCAGGUUGGAGAUGGGUGAUGUAGAAAAUACUAAACUACAUAGACCAAUGGUUUGAUUUGCUUCAAAGAAUUCUGGGCACUGUAGUUGACCCCUUGCAGAGUAACAAUUGCCAGCAGCCCUUAACAGAAGACAGUGCCCAGAAUUAUUUGAAGGAAAUCAUGUGCUUUGAAUGUGCUGCAAGGUAGAGUGUGUACGCAGCCUAGGUGUGCAUACAUGCAUGCCUACCCACACAAUCCAUAUAGUGGCAAUUAGCCUUUGAGAUUACAAGAUAGCAGCUAUUCACAUCUCUUCAGUGGGAGUUAAGCACAAGUCAGUGAGAGGCAUCUGCUCAUCAGAUGGCUUGUCGGCCUGACAUAAAUCUCCUUGUUUUUUGAGAAGGCCCAAGAGCCAAGAACUGCAAAGAGCUUCUAGACCAGGGCGAGACCCUAAGUGGGUGGUACACCAUCUUCCCCACAGCUAAGAAAACACUGGCUGUCUUCUGCGACAUGGAGACUGAUGGAGGAGGCUGGCUGGUGAGUCUUACUCACUGAGGCAUUGGGACAUCGCUGCUGCUGCACCGUGAGUGUUGGGGAAGGCCGCUCCCUCUUCAGGCUGAUUCCACCUGGCCUAGGGGGCGGGGCCCAGACUCACCUCCGCUACAGUUUUAAGGACACUGGUGCUGCCGCAGCAAUUGUUAAAAAUGUUUUUAUAUAUUUUAAAGUAUUUUAAAGGUGUUUUUACUUCUUACGUUAUUGUACCACCGUGAACAGUGGUUUUUAUCUAUGUAUUUUUAUUUUGUUCUGUUUUAUUGUGGUUUGGGGUGGGGAUUGGUUUUGCUUAGGUAGAAUUGUUUUCAGUUUGGUUUGGUUUUCUAUUUUGUAAAUGGAGGCUUGUAUGAGGCUUAGGAUUGCUACCGUGGAGGGCGAGGGAGGUAUGGUGGUGGGGGCAGAUGUUAUAGGCGAAGGGGAUCGAGAUACGGAUAUGCUCGUACCCCUUCCAAUCUGCGCCCCAUCCCGAGGGACGAGGGUAGGGUGAGCAAGGAUUACUCACCUCCGUCACUGGUGUUGUGCAAUGCCAGGUCUAUAGGCAACAAAACCGCCACUCUGCGAGAUUUCUUUACCUCGCAGGGGUUGACCUGGCUUGUGUGACGGAGACCUGGGUACGCGAAGGGGCAACAGUUACCUUACGAGAGAUGGCGCCCCGGGUUUCUCCGUCCUCCACCAGUCACGGACUGUGGGCCGGGGGAGGGUGGCAUUGUUAAUCCGGGAAGAUUGUCCUUUCAGGGCUCUACCAUCGCCAUCGAUCCCGGCAUUGAAUGUGUUGGCCUAGUGUGGGGCUCUGAGGUGAGCUUGGCUGUCUGGCUGGUGUACCGGCCACCUAGCGCACCAGCAGCCACCCUGUCAGGCCUACUGGAGGCGGUGGCCGGCUGGGCCUUGGAGUUCCCUAACCUAUGGGGAGUGGGGGACUUCAUCCGCCAUGCUGAUGCCACUCCCUCCUCACAGGCUCUGGACCUGGUGUCUUCCAUGGCAACACUAGGGCUCUCCCAGUUUGUUUCAGGCCCCACACAUCAAGCAGGCCACACGCUGGAUUUGAUCUUUGGCGUAGGUAUAGAUGUGAUCAUGUCUCCUUCAAUUAAGGUGCCAUGGUCUGAUCACUACGCUCUGAAAGCCAGGAUUGACUUUCCACCCCACCCUGCUUAGGUGGCGAGCCGAUUUGGGCUCGCCCGCAGAGGCUGAUGGACCCUGAUAGAUUCCGUCAAGCCUUGCGGGACCUUGCUCCCCCUGGCGACUCAUUGACUGAGCUUGUUGAGGGCUGGAAUACCCAGCUCCUGGCAGCCAUAGAUGAGAUCGCACCUAAGCGCCCUCUGCGACUCCGCAGAACCCGGGCUCCCUGGUUUACCGCGGAACUUCGGAAAAUGAGCGGGACCUCAGGCGGCUAGAGCGAGUAUGGCGGGGUGCCCGUGGCGAGACCUCAAGAACAUCUUAUAGGGUUUUUAUGAAAACCUAUGAGAUGGCGGUGAAGGCCGCUAAGAGUCUUACUUCUCGGCCUCCAUUGCAUCCGCUAGCUCUCGCCCAGCGCAAUUAUUUAGUAUAAUUUGUCUUUAACGUCCCUUGAAGGACAGCCAAAUUUAAAUAACAAUCUGCCACACAGCUGCGAGGCAUUUGCGAGCUUUUGCGGAGAAGGUCCUGUUGCUCCGCCAUGACCUCCCUGCCAAUUUGGAUACAAUAAAGGAACUGGAGGCCCCUCGACUGUCCUCGGGUCCAGUAUUGGACCACUUUGAUCGGAUAUCCCCAGCCGAUGUGGACAGACUCCUCCGAGCUGGAAAGCCCACCACCUGUCCUCUUGACCCGUGCCCGUCUUGGCUGAUUAGAGCGUGUCCAGUCGUGGUGCGGGCCCCUGGGAGAUAUCAUCAAUUUGUCCCUUGGCACCGGGAUAUUUCCAGGGGAAGGAAGGAGGCAGUGGUGCGCCCGCUCUUAAAGAAAACAUCAUUAGAUCCCUUAGAUCUAUCCAAUUACCGCCCGGUUUGAAUCUUCCAUUCCUGGGUAAGGUGAUUGAGAGAGCGGUUGCUGAACAGCUUGGUAGGGGACUGGAUGUACCAUCGGCUCUGGAUCCAUUCCAGUCUGGCGUCAGCGCUGGGCAGGGGACCGGGGCGGCGCUGGUCGCCCUAACAGAUGAUCUCUGCAGGCAGCUGGAUCGAGGUGGGUCGGGGCUGCUGAUUCUUCUAGACCUGUCAGCAGCCUUCGACAUGGUUGAUCACGAACUCCUGGACCACCGCCUUGCCAGCGUGGGGAUCCAGGGCACAGUCCUUCAAUGGCUGCGCUCGUUUCUCUCCGGUCGGGGACAGAGGGUGGCGCUUGGGGGGGAAUUGUCAUCCCGCCACUCCUUGGUGUGUGGAGUGCCUCAGGGUGCGAUACUCUCCCCGAUGCUUUUUAACAUCUUUAUGCGCCCCCUCGCCCAGCUUGUCCGGAGUUUUGGGCUGGGUUGCCAUCAGUAUGCCGAUGACACCCAACUCUAUCUGUUGAUGGAUGGCCAUCCUGACUCGGCCCCAGACACACUGACCAGAUGUUUGGAAGCUGUGGCUGGAUGGUUACUGCGAAGCCGGUUGAAGUUAAAUCCUUCGAAGACAGAGGUCCUCUGGCUGGGACGGGACGAUAUGGGAUUGGGGGCAACUCCCAUCUCUUGCGAGGGUGCAAUUAGUGCCAGCACCGUCCGUUAAGAGUUUGGGUGUAAUCUUCGAUACCUCCCUCUCUAUGGAGGCGCAGAUUACAGCUAUAACAAAGGCGGCAUUUUGUCAUCUCCGCCAAGCUAAGCAGUUGGCCCCUUAUCUCUCUCGCCCUGACCUAGCCACUGUGAUCCACGCGACGGUCACCUCCAGACUGGAUUAUUGUAACUCGCUCUACGUGGGGCUGCCCUUGAGACUGACCCAGAAACUCCAGCGGGUGCAGAAUGCCGCGGCGAGACUCCUUAUGGGGUCUUCGCUGCGAGAUCACAUUCAUCCGGUACUAUACCAGCUGCACUGGCUCCCGGUGGAGUACAGGAUCAGGUUUAAGGUGCUGGUUUUAACCUUUAAAGCCCUAUACGGCCUAGGACCCUCGUACCUACGGGACCGCCUCUCCUGGUAUGCCCCACAGAGGAACCUACGGUCUGCAAAUAAAAACAUCCUGAAGGUCCCAGGCCUCAGAGAGGUUAGGCUGGCCUCAACUAGAGCCAGGGCUUUCUCGGCUGCGGCUCCAAUCUGGUGGAGCAGCUCUGUCACAUGAGACUAGGGCCCUGCGGGACCUGACAUCUUUCCGCAGGGCCUGCAAGACAGAGUUGUUCCACCAGGCCUUUGGUCAGGGCCCAGCCUGACUCCCACCUCCGGCAACCUGCACAGAACUUUGCUUAACGGUUGCCAUUAAUUUGAUUUUAAUUAAUUUUAUAAUGAAAUGUUUUAGAAUGUUGGAUUAUUUGAUUGUUUGAUUAUUUGUUUGUUGUUAGCCGCCCUGAGCCUGGCUUUGGCUGGGGAGGGCGGGAUAUAAAUAAAAUUUAUUAUUAUUAUUAUUAUUACUGCCCCUGUGCAACCUGCCUGAUAGCUCUAAAACAGGCAUCCCCAAACUCGGCUCUCCAGCUGUUUUGGGACAACUCCCAUCAUCCCUAGCUAACAGUGGGAGUCAGUGUGGUGUAGCGGUUAAGAGAGGUGGACUCGUAAUCUGGUGAACCGGGUUCGUGUCUCCGCUCCUCCACAUGCAGCUGCUGGGUGACCUUGGGCUAGUCACACUUCUUUGAAGUCUCUCAGCCCCACUCACCUCACCGAGUGUUUGUUGUGGGGGAGGAAGGGAAAGGAGAAUGUUAGCCGCUUUGAGACUCCUUCGGGGAGUGAUAAAGCGGGAUAUCAAAUCCAAACUCCUCUUCUUCUUUUAAUAGGACCCGUGGUCAAGGAUGAUGGGAAUUGUAGUCCCAAAAGAGCUGGUGGGCCGAGUUUGGGGGUGCCUGCUCUAAAACAAGCCCUCCAAAUGUUGCUGGACUACAAAUAUAACAAAUAUAACAAAAUAUAGUCAUCAACGAAUAUAACGAAAGUAGUCAUCAACAAUAAAUAGAGCAUCUUGAUGUACACAAAUUGAAACAAUCUCCACAUAAACCAUAAGAUCUAAAAAACAAAAUAUAUCUUAAAAACAGCAACAAACCCCCCACAACAACCCCCCUAAACAAUAUCUCAGACCAAGAGUCUGUUCUUAGCUUUUUGAAGCUGGAGUCAGUCAGGGCCCCACUCUCCCAGGCCAAGUGGAAAAGGUCUUCUAGGACUCACAACCAAGGUGGGUCCUGACUGUUGGCUACGCUGCCUGGGGCUGAUGGGACUUGGAGUCCAACAACACCUGGAAGGCCACAGAUGCCCCAUCCCUGCUCUAGAAAGAAGACUGUGGCCAUGGUGCUCACACUGUGCCUGAGGAAUCUGUCAUUUCCAUUGGGCACCUAGAACAAUUCUGGCAAUAGAUGCUUGUUAAACAUGAACAGCAGUAAAACUGUAUGGCAUCUCACUAUACUGAAUACAAUAAGAUGGGUCACUGGGGAUUAAAUUGGUCUUCUUUCAUCAUUGGCCAAAAAGAUGUUACAGAAAAAGCUGGGUUUUUUGUUGGUACAGUGGUACCUCGGGUUAAGUACUUAAUUCGUUCCGGAGGUCCAUUCUUAACCUGAAACUGUUCUUAACCUGAAGCACCACUUUAGCUAAUGGGGCCUCCCACUGCCGCCGGAGCACAAUUUCUGUUCUCAUCCUGAAGCAAAGUUCUUAACCCGAGGUACUAUUUCUGGGUUAGCGGAGUCUGUACCCUGAAGCGUAUGUAACCCGAGGUACCACUGUAUUGUUAUUGUAGUUAAGGGGUGAGUGAUUCUGGAGAUUAAGCCCAUUCCUGUCACGAAUGAAGGUCACCAAUAGCUGCCCUCCUCCAUGUGCAUCUACCUUACACUACAUAGGAGGUCUACAGAGAUAUUCAUGGAUGGAACUCAAAUUCCAAACUGUGAGAAGCUCUAGGGUGGGAACAGGAAAUCUCCAGCCCAGUGACCGUCGCACAUCCCAUUCACUGCCUAAGGUGAAAUAUGAAUGUACCACCAUGUCCCUCCCCCUUACCUGAAAAGCUGAAGAGACAAGAUCUCUCCUGAAAGCAGCACUACGGCUUCCACCACCAAGGCGGCUGCUUCACCUUGCCUCUUUGCCAGGCUGCCUCUACUCUAGCCUGAAGGCCAAAUGUGGCCUUCCGUGCCUCUCCAUUUGGCACUCAGAACUGUCCCCGAGCCACACCUACCCACCAGCACUAAUAACAAUACAAAAUGAACACCUGAGGCAGAGACCUUUUCAUCCAUCUAGAAAGGCUUGUAAAAGAAAGAAAAAAAGGCUUCGUUUGUUUCUGAAAAGCACGGUUUCAAGAGAAAGCUUGGCCUGUCAUCUUCCCAGGUGUUCCAGAGGAGACAGGAUGGAUCAGUAGAUUUCUACCGUGGCUGGGAGUCCUACAAGAGGGGGUUUGGGAACCGAGCAUCUGAGUUCUGGCUGGGCAACGACAACAUCCAUGUUCUCACUAGUUCGGGUAAGGCAGUUUUUGUGUUUCCAGUUGAUGACUGGAGUAUAGAACUCAUGUGCCUUAGCAUCUCCUGUGAGAAGAACCCAUAUUUACCAAAAGGCUCCCUUUUGCUACAGGUAUUCCUGUCCUCUCUCGACUCUGACAACCCUAUCCGGGUGCUUCCAGACUGACUAUGGGGUGGGAUUCAAUCACAUCCUAGCAAAUUCGGGUUGCAUAAUAAUAGAUGAUUGGGAGGGCUUGUGCAACAAACCCACUUCAUGCUUCCAGUGACUUUGUGUGUUUCUGAUUAGGGACACACCAACUGAGGGUUGAUGCAGAGGACUUUGCCAAAGUCAAAACUUUUGCCCUGUAUACAAGCUUCAAAGUCCUGAGUGAAAAUGACAACUACACAUUGACCCUGGGCUCUUACUCCAGUGGUGACAUGGGUGAGUUACUGGGAGAACCACACUGGGUCUACUCAGCUAGUAAAAUGGGCAAGUUCUUUCAUCAAUGGACAAGCAUCUAUCAUGUUUAUGUAAAUUAUUUUGACAUAGAUACCAUAUUCCACAACAGUUUAUCCUUCAGUCCUGUGUAAGACUAUAUCAAAGCUAUUGGUUCUACCUCCGACCCAUGUCUCAGUAGUUUUGUGUAUUUAAUCAGAGUCUCUUUCACUCCCUCUUAAUGAGCUCAGCAAAUGUGGAUCAAAGACAGCAUGACCGGUUCGGUCGCACGGGGCACAGAGCUUUGGGGGCAGUGCAGCAGGCACCAUAACUAUGAAGUCCAAUGGAAGGCAAGAGGUGUAGGGAGUGGAUUUUGGUGAUCACCAGGUGCCUUGGAAUGUUUAAAAAUGGAAAACUGAGGAGAGGUUGCAUUGGCCUGUUACAAUUUAUUUUACAGUCUCCCAGAUGGAGGCGUGGCUGGCUACCUGGGACCCCAAAAUAGAAGCACUCCUGUUACAGAAUGAGGAUGUACUGCAACAAUUUGUUGCAGAUCCCACCUGUGCCUUGUAUAAAAAAGAAGCCUUCCUUAUGUAUGCCAAGUAAAUUCAAGACCUGCCUUUACAUUCCACCUCCCCAGGAGAUUCUCUAUCUGUGCACGACAACAUGCCAUUUUCAACGCGGGACAAAGAUAAUGACAACAGUGUCUCCAGCUGCGCAGAAGUCUACACGGGUGCAUGGUGGUAUGGGGAUUGUCAUCAUUCUAACCUCAAUGGGCUCUAUCUCAAAGGCGAACACAGCUCUUAUGCCAAUGGCAUCAACUGGGCUGCUGGGAAGGGUUAUCAUUACUCUUAUAAAUAUGUGGACAUGAAAAUAAGACCAGAGUAG